AUGUCGUCUGCCAUCACUGCUUCAAGGCAGCAGUUUGAGGCCACCUCUGGCGCGACCGAUGCUGUCUGGGUGCACACCGACAAGCAUGCCAACCGUGCCGGGCCCGAGGUCAAACCUCUGACCAAAGACACAGAAGCUGAUGUCUGCAUCGUCGGAUCGGGCAUUGCUGGCAUCUCAGUCGCUUACGAACUGGUCACCCGCGGCAAGCAGGUCGUUCUCCUCGAGGCGCGUGAGGUUCUCUCCGGUGAAACUGGUCGAACGAGCGGCCAUCUGGCCAACUCUCUCGAUGACGGAUACCUCGAGAUUAAGAAGAAGCAUGGGCACGAUGGUGCCAAAGUCGCUGCUGAGAGUCACACUUGGGCUCUGAACUAUGUCGGUGAAGUUGCGAAGAAGCUGGGUAUCGAUUGCGAAUACAGAAACCUGCCUGGGUAUACGGUUUCGCAAUUCCCCCGAGGCGAUCCCAAGCACCCCAAAGACGUGCAGAGCAUCCGCGACGAGGUCGAGUAUGCCAAAGAGCUCGGAAUUGAGGCCGAGUUUAGGGAGGGCCUGGCCAUCAAGGGCUGGUCGUCUGGCCCCGACCAGCGCGAUGGUGCCAUCUGGCAUGGCCAGGCAACCUUCCACCCGACAAAGUACGUCAACGGCGUCUUGAAGUUCCUUCUCCAGCAGCCCAACUUCAAGUGUCACGCGCAGACGAGGGUCGUUUCUGUCGAAGAGCCGGGCAUCGAGAUUCUCGGCAUGGGCAACAAGCACGUUGAGGUCAAGACGCUGAACGGCAACACUGUUACGUGUAAUCACGCCGUCCAGGCGACCAAUGUCCCGCUCCAGAAGCUCAGUGUCAUCGCUGAGAUGGAGUUCAACCGCACGUACUGUAUCGCUAUCCGCAUACCCAAAGGCUCUGUUGAGGACUGUCUUAUCUACGACACCGCAGAGGAGUACAAGUACGUGAAGUUGACAGAGUGCGACGAAAAGGACGACUUCAUGAUUGUGGGAGGCAUGGACCACAAGGUUGGACAGGAGCAGACCACCGGUCGAUUUGAAGAGCUCGAGUCUUGGACUCGGGAGCGUUUCCCCCAGGCCGGCGCUGUCGAUUACCGGUGGAGUGGGCAGAUCUUCGAGCCCGUCGACUACAUGGCGUUCAUCGGACUCAACCAGGGCCAGAAGCGCACCUUCAUCGUCACCGGCGACUCCGGUAACGGUCUCACGCACGGUGUGAUUGCUGGGAAGCUCAUUGCCGACGAGAUUGACGAGCAGCCCAACACCUGGGCGAAGCUGUACUCGCCGAAGCGGCUGGCGUCCAUCCUCGGAUCGGCGCCGGCGAUGGUUGCGCAUGACCUCCAGAUCAAUAGCCAGUACAAGCGGCUCCUGCAGUCCGACAUCACUGACAUUGAGGACUUGGGCCGCGGGUGUGGUGGCGUCCUCAACCCGAAGCUGUCGAAGCCUAUUGCGGUGUACAAGGACGAAAACGGCAACGUGACAAAGGUCAGUGCCCUCUGCCCGCACAUGAAGGGUGUUGUUUGCUGGAACUCGGUGGAGAAAUCUUGGGACUGCCCAGUCCAUGGAAGUCGGUUCUCGGCAGAAGGAGUGUGCGUUGAGGGUCCAUCGAAGGGCAAUCUUGAGCCUAUAAACUAG